AGACAGUCCCAGCUAAAUUCUUCAUUGAGAAAUUGCUCUUUGCUAUAAGCUAUUUUUGUUUCUUUUUGACUGUUUUAAUUGAAAAGAAUCACAGUAUGGUACUUAAUUCUUACCCAGAAAUUAUUUUAUAUUGAGAUUAAAAAAAACUACGGCUGCAUUGGACCUUUAAAUACAGCAUAUGUGCAGUGUGGAAAACUAUUGAGCCUACAGCGAGCACUAAAUGGAUUCUGAAAAUACAGUUUAUUGAGGGAAAAGGGGGUAUUGUUGUUGUUGAUUUGUGGCAGGACAAAGGUAGUUGAGGGUAUUAAGGCCUACAUUAUGAGAAGGUAUUUUACAUGAACAUAGGCCAGGGAUAGUUAAAAGAAAAUAUGAGACGAUGUCGGUCACGCUCACCAAGUUCCAAUAACCUUGCGCACAGUGUGGUGGAAUGUGAAAUGUGAAUGUCCUUUCAUAGCUGUUGAUUGAUGCCAUUGAUACUAUCGUUCGCAUGGUGAGCGCGGAACACCCGAAUUCUUUCCUUCCCGUCAAAACUGGCCGUUUUGACUUACGAUGAUCAGUACCGAAGGUCCUGAAAGUGAAGGGGACCAGCCCUGCUUUCGGCUGGAACCGUUGAAAACGCACCUACCCGGCAAAGCGGGUGACAGCCACUUUCUCUUCGGGGACUUGGACACCCCCUCCACAGUGACGGCCAACGGUGUGCAAGACAUUGAGGAUAGAAUUCUACGUAUCACUGGUUAUUACGGCUAUUUCCCGGGCUACUCCAGUCACAGAAGAGAGGAGGGUUCUGAGUCUCAUGCAGACACACCAGGCAGUGAGACCAGUGAAGAGGGGACAUCGUACCAGACGUGUGCUAACACAGUGCUGAAGGUGCUGGGGGGCCUCCUAUUGGUCCUAUGUGUCUCCUCCUCUUGGGUGGGCACCACUCAGCUGGUCCAGCUCACCUUCAAGUCCUUCUCCUGCCCCUUCUUCAUCUCCUGGUUCAGCACCAACUGGACCAUCCUCCUCUUCCCUCUCUACUACGGAGGCCACGUGGUCACCACCCGGGACAAGCAGACGCCUAUACAGAAAUUCAGAGAGUGCAGCAGGCUUUUCGGGGAGGAUGGGAUGACCCUCAAGCUGUUCCUGAAGAGGACAGCCCCUUUCUCCAUCCUGUGGACCCUGACUAACUACCUGUACCUGCUGGCCCUGAGGAAGCUGACCGCCACUGACGUCUCAGCCCUCUACUGCUGCCACAAGGCCUUCGUCUUCCUGCUGUCCUGGAUCGUCCUGAAGGACCGCUUCAUGGGUGUACGGAUUGUGGCGGCCAUAAUGGCCAUCACAGGCAUCGUCAUGAUGGCUUACGCAGAUGGUUUCCAUGGGGACUCCAUCAUAGGCGUGGCCUUGGCUGUAGGCUCCGCGUCCACAUCGGCUCUCUACAAGGUGCUGUUUAAGAUGUUCCUGGGCAGUGCCAACCUGGGUGAGGUGGCUCACUUCCUCUCCACCAUGGGCGUCUUCAAUCUCAUCUUCAUCUCCUUCAUUCCCCUCAUCCUCUACUUCACCAAAGUGGAGCACUGGGGCUCUCUGUCCUCGCUGCCCUGGGGAUACCUGUGUGGCCUGGCUGGGCUCUGGCUGGUGUUCAAUAUCCUGGUUAAUGUUGGUGUGGUGCUUACCUACCCCAUCCUCAUCUCUAUAGGGACAUUGCUCAGUGUGCCCGGCAAUGCAGUGGUUGAUGUGUUGAAACAUGAGGUGAUCUUCAGUGUGGUGCGUCUGGCUGCCACCUGCAUCAUCUGCCUUGGCUUCCUGCUGCUGCUGCUUCCUGAGGAGUGGGACUCCGUCACGCUGCGCUUCCUCGCCGCAUUCAAGAAGCCUGAGGAGCAUGGAGAGGAGCUGACUGAUUCCAGCAUCCACACACGCAGCCGCAGCCAAGCCAAUGGCGCCGUCUCAAUCCCUAUGGCAUGAUCCUCCAAUGCCCCGUCCCAUCACCAACCCCCAUCCUCGCACGGUUCUACAUGUUCCGUCUGGGAAGCGUGGCGGGAUGACUCCAAUGCUAACUACAGACCAGGAAGUCCAAAAUCAGGAGAACAGGAAGUGUAUCUAUGACUGAGAGAAACUGUUGUGGUGUGGAGUUGAAUCUCCUCUGUCACUUUCCCCAGGAAUUAAUGGGGAGUCAAAAGAGAACCUUUACUGCUGAUUUUGCUGAGCGUAAAGUUGGAAAGUCUUGAACUCCUUGCCACACCCAGUCUUGCCCCUAGACCACAUAAGCCCAACCUUGAACCUGCUCCACGAACUGUAUUCUGUGAAUAUAAAUAUUGACAGGGCCAGUUUGGCUCAAUCUUAUCUGCAUUUGUUGAAUUUACUUAGAGGUGUAUCAAUAGAGUAUUUACAUUUGCUUCUUAUAUAGUAUUAUAUACAGGAAUGGGUUGGGAAACAUAUACUUAACAUACAGGCUCUUUUUCUUUUUUAAUAAAUGUCAAAUAAAGACCAA